AUUUUGGAUUGGUUGUUGUUUUUCAUAAUUCCUUAUUAUCGUUUUAUUUUUUCACUUUGUAAAUGAAAUUAAAAAAAAAGUUUCAUAAAAGAUGCAUCAAUCAUCAUUGAUUUUAAUUCUAUUACUUUUAACCAUUGAUUUUGGCGAUUCGUAUUCAUUUGAUUGGAAUAAAUUACCUAAAGUUAAUCGUUUAUUUGAAAAAUUUACCAAUGAAACCAAAACACCAUGUUUAACUGUUGGUUUACGUGUUGGUCAUAUGGAUGGUUGGGUAGAAUGGACUGAUUCAUUUGGUUCGUAUGCCGAUAUUGAAAAUAAUAUUCCUUGUACAACACAAACAAUGUUAAAAGUUGCUUCAGUUAGUAAAGCAAUUGGUUCAGCAUUGAUUGGUCGAUUAGUUGAACAAGGAAAACUUUCAUGGGAUUUAGAUAUAUCCAAUUAUAUUUCAAAUGAUUUAUUUCCCAAGAAAAAAUUUGCUAAUAAAUCGGUUAAUAUCACAUUACGACAAUUGAUUACACAUCAAUCCGGUAUUCGACAUUCACGUGAACAGGAUUUUAUGCAUGAUUGGGAAUUUCGUAUUAAUAAUUCAACACAGCUAUUAACAUGGUUUUCAAAUGAUCGAUUAUUAUUUGAACCUGGACAUGGUUAUCAUUAUUCGAAUAAUGGUUGGUCAUUGAUUGGUGCUAUAGUUGAAUCGAUUGAAAAUCGACCAUAUCAUUUAGUAUUGGAAGAUUUUAUGCACAAUAUAAUUGGUAUGCCAACAGCUACAUCCGAAUCACGUGAUCAUCUAAUAAUGAAUCGUGGUAGACAAUAUCGUAUUCAUAAUGGAAAAGUAUUACCACCAGAAAUUGUCGAUAUACUACGUCCAUAUCCACAUUGGCCGGCUGGUGGUGUUACAGCACGAAUCGAAGAUCUACUCAUUUAUGGUCAACAAAUGUAUUCAUCAUCAUAUGAUAUUCAUUCGACAAAAAAAUCACUUUUAAAACCGGCAACCAUUAAAGAAAUGUGGACCUAUCAUAAUCCAAAUGUUUCGAUUACUAAAGAAAGUAUGAAAAUUUUCAACAAAACAAUCCAUAAUAUAAAAUAUCGUUAUGUAAUGGGAUGGGAACGACGAGAAUUUCCUUCAAAUGUUGAACAUGAUCAAUCAAUAUUGAAUAAUUUAAUUUAUCUAUCACAUACCGGUGGUAUAGGUUCAGCUAAUGCAAAAUUAGCCAUAUUUCCAUCAUUAAAUUUUACAUUUGCUAUCAUUGCUAAUCAUGGUUCAUUAAAUAAUCAAAUGGAUCGAUUAGUAAUUGAAUCAUUGAAUUAUUUGUUUGCCUAAUCAAUCUCAAUUGAAUUUAUCAAUAA